AUGUCUCAUGCACCAUACAAUGAGCCUCUAGAGACUUCUUUGCGCCAAAUUCGACUUCUCACAAUUCUCCCAGAGCCUCACCCUGUCGACGGCAGGCUGCAGGGCCACUUUACGAUCGAGUCCCUUCUGGAGGACCCCGAAGACCUCAAUUAUCAAGCACUGUCCUAUAUGUGGGGUCAAAAUGAUGAUUUCGACUUCAAAAUAUGGGUUAAAGGUGUUCUGGUCCUCGUUCGUCGAAACCUCUUGUGUGCCAUGAGAGUAAUACGUGCCGACGAGGAAGCGAUAAAGCUGCCGAUCUGGAUUGAUGCUUUGUGUAUCAAUCAAGAGGACAUAACGGAGAGGGGUCAUCAGGUUGAUAUGAUGGCUUUAAUUUAUCGAGGUGCACAGCGCGUCAUUGCAUGGCUGGGAACGCCAGAUCGGCAAGAGCAGAAAAGUAGUAGGCUUGAUAUUGAAAGUAACCAUCCUCUACAGCUUUCUGUAGAGGCAUUCGAUUUCGUUACUCGAAGUGAUGACUCUAUCGCUUCCAAUUUUGUCUGCAGUAGAGAUAGAGUCCUGAGCUGGGCCCUGCAAUAUUUCUCAGCCGCGAGAGCCAGAGAGGGCCUUCGAGAACUGGCGACAAUCUUUUCAAAUGACUACUGGGAGAGACUAUGGAUUAUUCAGGAAGUUUGUCUGGCUCACAAGCUCCUUCUAUUCUAUGGCCGGGAAUCUAUGGAUUGGGACUUUUUUUGUGCGUCUCGAACAACUUUCGACGAUUUGGCCAGGAUUGCUGGCUCACCCACGUCCAGUGCCUGGGAAAAUGAACCCAGAAAUGAAAUCCCAGAUCACCAACUCUAG